UUGGCAUAUAAAGGAUUAACCAUGGUGGAAAUUACCGAGAGUUCAUCGCCGGCAUCAACGUCACGUCCAGCUUUUAAAGAAUCCAACAGCUUCCUCACCGCCGAUGGCCACAAUAAUCCACCGGAAUUCAAUCAUCAGCCACCGGAAACAGCCCCUCCGGCCAAGCGAAAACGGAAUCUAGCCGGAAUGCCAGAUCCAGAUGCAGAAGUGAUUGCGCUGUCGCCGAAAACCCUCCUCGCGACCAACCGAUUCGUGUGCGAGAUCUGCAACAAGGGUUUCCAGCGGGACCAAAACCUGCAGCUCCACCGGCGGGGCCACAACCUGCCGUGGAAGCUCCGGCAGAGGGGCGCCGGCGAGGCGGCGCGGAGGCGCGUGUACGUGUGCCCGGUGCCCACGUGCGCCCACCACGACCCCUCGCGGGCCCUCGGCGACCUCACCGGAAUCAGGAAGCACUUCUGCCGGAAGCACGGGGAGAAGAAGUUUAGGUGCGACCGGUGCUCCAAAAACUACGCCGUCUGUUCUGACUGGAAAGCCCACGUGAAGACGUGCGGCAGCCGAGAGUACAGAUGUGAUUGCGGCACUUUGUUCUCAAGGAGAGACAUUUUCAUCACUCAUAGAGCUUUUUGCGAGGCUUUGACUCGGGAAAGCUCAAUGUCCCGGCCACCGGAGAGCGGUGGAGGAGAUUCGAAAGCUCCGGCUGAAGCUUUUCUACCACCGGUGGAGGCAGCUGCCGCCAGUCCUCCACCGCCGCCACUAACUCCGCCCACCGGCGUGUUGUCUCCGGUUAUGUCGGUUCAGAGCUCGGCAGCAGAAUUGCCAGAAAAUAAGAAUGUGCACUUACAACCGGCAGCUUUAACUACUUCAAUAGCUCCGGCAGCUUUAACUACCUCAAUAGCUCCGGCAGCCACCACCACUGCCACCGGAAGCUGCUCCUCCACCGCUAGCGGCAAUUUUCCCGCCACACUCAGUCCAUCGACCUCCGAAACUCCCCAAUCUUCAAUUAAUGGCCCAGCAUCCUUCCCGGGCCUUCUUUGCCCGAUAUCGGGCCCUAUCCGGCCCGCCACAGACCCCAUGUCCCUGUCUUUAUCCCCUUCCUUCUACGGCCCGUUUUUGCAGUCCACACCACAAAACCAUCACCAUCACUAUCUCCAGGGCCCGCAGCCCGCGUUAUCCGCAACAGCAUUGCUCCAGAAGGCUGCCCAAAUGGGCUCGACAUCAUCUGGCUCAUUCAUCAGCGGGCUCGGGCUUGGCCCGACUUCUCCAUCUGGCCCGCAGUCCGGGCUUGGGCUUGGUCUUGGGCUUGGCUCUGGCGGGUCUUCGGGUUUGCAUGAUAUGAUGAUGGGCCCUUCGAUUUUCGUCGAGAAGCCCACAACGACUCUUGACUUUCUCGGGCUGGGAAUGGAGGGUGCUGAUCAGUCCCAGCCCGCGGGCUUCUCAGCCUUUCUGAGCUUGAUGAGUGGUGACGGGCUUCGUAAUAUGGGUGGUUAUUUAUGAGUUGUGUAUGUGAAAGGUUGUUCAUAGGGAGGACUGUAAUUUUGCUACUGCUUUUUGUGCUUUUGUACAGUUUAAAGUUAGUAAGUGAAAUAGUGUACUAAGUUGAGUUGAUUUACACCUGAAUCUUUGUUGCUGGAAGAGAAGUUGAUUUGCAAUUGUUUGUCUACCUGAUGAACUAUAGAUGGCACUUUACCCUUUUUUAAGCAGUGC